UUGGUCCUAAAGUUUCAUUUUUUACAAGGAUCGUUAAGCGAAAGCAAGUCACAUUACAAGGUGUUAUCACGGACAGUUAUUCUCAUUACCACCUCACUGAAAAUCGUUGACAUGAAUACAUUGCUCAGUAAUUUGGUCAUAGUUCAAUAUUUUCGAAUUAUUUAUAGGAAAUAAAUUACCAAAACAGUCAUAAUACGUUCGUUUCACAUAAUUAUUAGUAAAUUUGCUCUAAAUAUAAUGUAUUUUGAGAAGAUUUGGGUGUAUUUGGGUAAGAUUUGGGUAUAUUUGGGUUUUUCGUGCGGCCGCUAUUUUCGACCACAACCUAUUUCCGACCGCCUAGGACUUUGUAUGAUAAAAAUCUUAAAUUACAAGCCAAAUUUAUCAGUUGUGAUUGUUUCACUGUUUAGAGCAGAGACAGAACAUGUUAGGAACAUAUUCUCCUUCAGAUUUGGUACUUGGAAGUUUAUAUAAAUUCUUUUUACCUUAUGUAGCAGUACCAUGUUUUCAUGAGGUUUUUCUUAUUACCAAAAAACCUGCAUCUUUCCUUGUCUACUACCAUAUCAGUAUUUAUAUAUCUUUUGCACUAAAUGUUUAUUGCUUAACACAUGCUUACUACCAGAAUUGUGAAGCAUACUAUUAUUAAAUUAUUUUGACAAUGCAAUCAUGAUGCCUGUCCUUGCAACAAUUUUCUUCAUUUUAAGCAAUUUGAAAUAUUUGGAAUGUCAAAAGCUUAGCAAUUAUAUAAAACAUUGUCAUCUGUGACAGCUAUCAAUGUAGCAGAUGUGACACCCUGGUUCUCUGGAGUAAUUGAGCACAUGAUAUAGUUCUUUAGAUAAUGCACUAAAUUUUGGCUGCCAUUUACUUUACCCUACCCCCUGUAAUUUAGGUGCCAAUUUAGGCAAGUGUACCUACAGUGUAUUGAUCUGCCAUGUUGGUUUUGGUGUUUGUUGCCAGACUUGAAUUUUGGAUGUUCUAUGUUUGCCAUGUUGUAGUGAAACUACAGUAAAAGUUUAGUGCGAUUUCAUUUUGCUGGAAGGAAAAUACCACCUGUGGUCGAAUUUAGGUUGUAAAUUUUCAGCAUGACUUCCUACUGAUGGCUUUCAAAAUCAUCAUGCCAGGGAAUCGAUUGAAAAUCACUCACAUGUUAUACUGCACAUAGACAUAGACUGUUUUUAUGCUCAAGUGGAAAUGCUUAGAAACCCAGAAUUGAGGAAUAAACCACUAGGUAUUCAACAGAAGUAUAUUAUUGUGACAUGUAACUAUGUUGCUAGAGAACGGGGACUCACCAAACUAAUGACCAUUAAAGAUGCUCGAGAGAAAUGUCCAGACCUGGUCCUUGUUAGUGGAGAGGACCUGACGAAUUACAGACACAUGUCUUAUAAAAUUUCAAAUUAUCUACAGAAAUACUGCCCACUGGUUGAAAGACUGGGUUUUGAUGAGAACUUUUUAGAUAUCACAGAGCUUGUGAAUGACAGAAUAAACUAUCAAAGUGUUCGUUGUCCUACGGACAUGAAAGGUCAUGUGUACAUGUCAGAUAGUCAUGCCAAAGGAACUUGCACGUGUGGUUGCCGGGAACGACUGGCUGUUGGUUCACAUAUUGCUGAAGAGAUUCGAGCUGGUCUCCUUAAGGAGCUCGGCAUUACCUGCUGUGGCGGGAUCGCCCAUAACAAACUUUUGUCGAAACUGGUCGCUGGGACUUACAAACCUAACCAACAGACAACACUGUUUCCAGAUAAAGUGAACAUCCUGAUGUCAAGUCUGAACAGUGUUCGCAGCAUUCAAGGUAUUGGUCACACAACAGCAAGACGGUUGAAGGAGCUUGGUGUAGUCACUGUCACAGAUCUACAGAAUGCUGAGACAUCAGUUUUAGAUGAGGAGUUUGGACAUACAUCAGUGGAAACAAUGAAGAAGCUGUGUAUAGGCGUAGAUGAUAGCCCUGUAAUAGCAUUUGGUCUUCCUCAGACAUUGAGUGAUGAGGACUCUUUCAAGAAGUGCAGUGACAGUGAGGAUGCCAAGGCAAGAAUGAGGCCAUUGAUAAAUAGUUUAUUACAAAGGCUUCUAGAAGAUGGAAGAAGACCCCAAACACUUCGCCUGAGUGUUAGAAAAAUGUUAGAGACAAACAGAUACAGCAAUCGUGAGAGUCGUCAGUGCAAUAUACCGCCUUCUCUUUUCAACAAGUUCUCGGCGGACAACAUGGCACACACAAGCAUUCAGCUGGAAGCUUUGGCAUACAGUUUAUUCACAAAGAUGGUGGACAUUAAAUCUCCAUUUCACUUAACACUGAUAAAUGUUGCCUUUGCUAAGCUCGAGCAGAAAUCUUCAAAUGAUAUUUCUAACUUCUUUUCUCCAAAGAAAAGCCCAAACUCAAGAAGUACCGCGCAGUGUAGUAGCAGAAAAGAAGACUGUGAUCCGUCAAUCAAGGUACAAAGUACACCAUUCGAACUGAAGACCAAAUCUAGCAAGUCAGAACCAGAAAAUAACAGUAGCCCUCACAGAUCUGCAAGUACGAAAAGUGUAUCUGGUAUUCAGAAGUGGCUUGUAAAACAACCAGCAGGCAAUGAGUCAAAUUAUAAAGAUUUAUUUGACUUGGCCACAAAUUCAGCUAAUACAGAAGACUGCCGCAAAGAUGCAGACACACUUGAUGUGUAUGAAUCUAUUCACAGAAAUAGAGCUCUAAAAAGACAGUCAGUUGACAAUAGUUGUGAUGCAACUGAAGAAAACUUUACAAAAAGAAAACGUUUAAGUGUCUCAGAUGGUUCUGGAAACCCUGACCUACCAUCAAAUUUCACUGAAUUACUACCACCUGAUUUAGAUAGAAGUGUUUUCUUGGAACUUCCACAUCAUAUUCAGAAAGACAUUCUGGCUAAUGCAGCCACUUACCAUGAUUCUAACAAACUGAAACCAGGCACACCAGCUCAAGCAACAAAUUUAAAUAAAGGCAUUCCAAAAACAAGCGUAGUGAUGCCUAGUGCAUGCUCGCCUACACUCGAUAAUGAAGAAAUAGGCAAAACUCGAAAUGUGCAUUCAGAAACAAAAGUAAUUACAAAUAAUGUAAAGAUAAUUAAUCAUACAAGCAGUAGUGAAACUGAAGUUGAACAUGUUGCUGAAGAUGAAAGAUCAAAAACUUGUAGAUUAUUUAAGAAAAGCAGUGUAAAUAGAAAAGAUGUGGUCCAGGAUCAGCAAAGUUUGAGGUAUUUGGGUAAAAAUUACGUAAAGGCACAGCAACAAGACGGCUGCACUUCGGGCAGGCAAUCUGAAGGCCAUUUAGAGAAUAACCCUGAAGAAGUUUCAGUUCCAGAUGGUAUAGAUCAUGCAGUGUUUGCUAGUUUACCUCCAGAAAUUAAAGAAGAAUUGAUCAGACAGUGGAAAAUUGAAAAACCAAGGAAGGGAGUUAACUCGGGGAAAUCAAAAAGUCCAGAUAAACAUUACUUUAAGUCUCCAAAACCAUCUGCCUCUAAUAGCAUUACAGAUUACUUUUCAAAGAGAACAUAAGUAAAAAUGUAUACAUGUUAACCGGAUUUAACGUAGUACUAUAUAGGCACUGAAGUUUUAUAUUAUAAAAUAUUUCUGUUUAUAUGUAGAGUAAACUGUUAAGGUAUUUCUGCUCUUUGAAUUGAUCUAUGUUGUUUUUCAAAAUAUGAUAACUUACUGAAGC